GCACUCACUUGUUGUGGAAGAGCAGCUUGAAUGGCCUGUUUUGAUCUCUCUCUCACAGAUUGUUGUCUACCCACCAAUUGUGGCUGAUUUCACCUUCAUUCAUCACUGGUGACAAGACAACAUGUAAUUCCUGUUUGCUGUCAGUGGGUGUAUCCCUUGUGUGCAUGCACCUGACUGUACGUGUCCUCUUAGUAAACAUCUGCUCCGUGGAGUUUUUCAUCAUUGUUCAUGCACAUCUCCAAGGACUACAGCAGCCUCACGAGUUAGGAGAGUUUAGGUUAGAAAAGAAAAAAAAGACACCUUGAAUGACCACGAGACUGAGGUUACUAGUGUGGCCCAUUAGCUUUGUUUAUCAAAACAGAGGAGAGUUCAGUGAAUGAGAAAGCCUUCACUUAAAACAGUUGAAUGGCGCAGUUCCACUGUCGUUGGCGUAACGUGUUUGUCUGUGUGUGCACCCCAUGCAUCUGCCUGCUCCUGAUGUUGGUCUUUCUCACUGCCAUGGUGUGCAUGUCCAUGAAUGGUGCAGGAGCACCAGGGACCAAUGUCCAGGAAACUCCUUCUCACUCCGUGGCCCCAAACGAUUUGAGAAAAAAGAGCUUCAUCCCACACGCUAAAACUUUCUGGCUCGCCCAAGAUGAAGGUGCCUUUUGGAACCAACUCCAGCUGGCCAUCGAACGCUAUUUCAACCCCAUCCUGCGCCCCAAUGACUUCAGGAAGAGGAUGGAAAAUAGUAACUUUAAUGAGUCCCUACUGAUGGAAAGUUUCAUUGAACUUAUGGACUCGGACAGCAUGAGGAAAAACUUUGAUAAGCUAUCAUGGCAGAUGCAAAAGUUUGUGAGCCACAUGCAAAAGAGGGACUACCCAGCCAUCAUCCAACCAGAUGGAGUAUGUGGAGCCGGGGCAAAGGAUGAGAAGGAGCCCCCUCUGCUUCUGCUGGCUAUUAAGACGACAGAGCACAAUUAUAAGAACCGGAUGGCCAUUCGUCAGACCUGGGGCAAGGAGGGGUGGGUAUCAGGACACAAGAACAGCAGUGGAGGACGAGAAAGUGGAGGAUAUGUCCGCAGGGUGUUCCUGCUGGGCAGAGAAGACCCUGAGGAAGAGGAUGUGAGUUUAUCUGAGCUGCUGCAGAUGGAGAGUGAGCAUUAUGGAGACAUUCUGCAGUGGGACUUCACAGACACAUUUUUCAACCUCACCUUGAAGGAUGUGCUCUUCUGGAGCUGGUUUUCAGGCUCCUGCAACCAGACUGUCUUUGUCUUCAAGGGGGACGACGACGUCUUCGUCAACACCCCCAACAUUAUAACCUACCUACAGGAUCAGCUAAACAAGUCGCAAGCAAACGACACCAUAGCGGACUUCAUGGUCGGAGAUGUUAUAGAUUCAGCCAUACCCCACCGAGUCAACAACUCCAAGUACUUCAUCCCAGACAGCUUCUACAGAGGCCUCUAUCCUACGUAUGCAGGCGGAGGAGGGGUAGUGUACUCGGGCCUGCUGGCCAAACGUCUACAUGAAAUCUCUAAAAGUGUUCACCUGUUCCCCAUUGACGACGUUUAUGUAGGGAUGUGUAUGAUUCGGCUUAACACUCACCCCAUCCACCACCCGGCAUUCCUCACAUUUGACUUCCCUGAAAAGGAAAAGAAGGAGCUGUGUUCAUACCACAAGAUUCUGCUGGUCCACAAACGAACCCCCAAGCAGAUGGUUAGACUGUGGGCCGACCUGAAACGGACACAGAGGCCGUGUUGGGACGUGCCCCUGAGAAAUGCAGUCAAGAAGUGAAACGAACCAUCCCAGGUGAUUUUUGAUCAAGUUUGUCUACUGAAGAAUUGUGCUACUACAGUCUGAUAGCAAACAUGUUCAUGAGCUUCUGUUGAAGUUAUGAAGAACUAGUGUCCGUAUAUUUACUUCAGGCAUUCAUGUUCUGGAGUUGUAUUUAAUUAUAUUAGACAAUGUGAAAACCUUCGGGCUCAUCAACAUGCCAACAGCCUGAAUAAUAUUUAAUAAUGUGUUUUUAAACCUUUUGCAUAUUUUAGUCAAUUUAUUACAGAUUAAACAUACUUCACAUACACACUAUUUUUGUAUAUAUUUUUUACUUUUAAAUGUGUUUCUCCUUCCUUUCAGACAGCCACUGGUUGUCAUUCAUCACAUUUUAUGAAAAUAUGUACAUAUAUAUAUAGUCACGCUUUAGCUGAUGUAGCAAAAGGUUAGAUAAACUAACAAUUGAUAUAAAUUAGCUUUCAAGUUGCAAAAAAUGCUAAGCUACUGUGACAAGUCGAGAAGAGCCAUAACGUUUUCCGAACCGACUCAGUAAUGUGUGUACCACAAUGCUGAGCUUAAGUGUGCUAAAUUUAGCUCGCCACAAUAAGGUUGUGGUCAUAUCAGACCUAACAGCAGCUGAACCUGUACAGUGUGUGAAUUUAGCAAUGGUGUGUUUUAUUGUUUAUGAAUUCAACAAUGUGUUCUUUCUUCCCUCAAACAUGUUAUAAACCCUAAAUUGCCUCUAUUUAUGUACUUAAAAUGUGUUUAAUCAAAUGUUAUGAUUAUUGUAUUUUUGAGACUGUGAACAUGACCUGAAUUAGAUGAGCUGCUGGUUUCAGCCUAUCAGCUUCCUGUUAUGUUUUAUAGUGAAAAGCCUGUUAUUGUUGCCAUAGAAAACUAAUGUGAUGAAUGUAUAAAAUACAUUCCUGUAAAGUACUUCUUUCAUGUCUAAAUAAACUUUAAAUAAA